AUGGCAAAGUGUGUCAAACAUUUCUGCUUUCGCCUUUCUGGCAGACGAGUACCUGAAGGUGAAGCGCCUCUGUGCUCAGAACAUGCAGCGCCUGACAAUGCAGAGGCCGUCAGGGCAGCAACCCGAGCCCUGCGCCAGGUUCGAAGCUUGCAGCGGCAGUACCAGCAGCUCCUGCCCACCCUUCGCACUGCUCUGGCAUCUUCCUGCGUGUCGGAGGCGCGGCUCCUGCACGUGCGGACAGGCUUGGUGGAUCUGGAGGAUCUCCUGGAGGGCUCUGUGACUGCCAACUCAGCCAGUGGCGGCAACGCCGUUUGCGAGGUCGUCACCUGCAUCGCAGCAGAGGGUGAGCAACCCUGGUGUCCGCGGCGGAUGCUGCUCAGC